AUGUACCUGGAAGGUCCUUUCCUGGGCCUCACACUGCUAGUCCUGAGCAUUGCGCCGGGACCAGCGGGGCGCCGCUGCUGGUCGCUCCGCCUGCUGUGCUGGAGGAACCUGUGCUCUCGCAUGCCGUGGGAUAUCAUCCUCAUGCUCGGAUCAGUCAUGGCGCUCAGCAGGACCGUCGAGGAGUACCGGCUGGUGGAGGUUGGUCUGGAGAAGCUAGACGACCACUUCUGGGCGCAGCGGUCUGCCAGGUCCAGCCAGUUCAUCCUGGUCAGUGUGGCCGCUGUGCUCUCUGAAGUCGUGGUCGGGGACACUCUGGCAAGAUCUAUGGCGACCACAGUAGUCCGGGUGGCGGUGGUGACCGAGACGCCCAUUUCGUUCUACGUGGUACCGGUCAGUCUGGUGGCCUGCAUCAACGUCAUGCUGCCCGUGUCGUUGCCGCUGCUGGUUAUGCGCGAAUACUUGGAAGCCAAGUGCGCGCAGAUGCUGGGCUAUGGCAUUUUGCUCAAGUGCGUCGCCGUCGUGGUCGUCUUCAUCUCCAUGAACACCGUCGGACUCGUCAUGUUCCAGAGCGACCAGCCACCCGCUGCGCACGCCAUCUACGUCAUGCGCAACGUCACUGACGUGGACAGGGCAGGGGCCCUGUGA